CUUUACAACAAAAUUGUACAUAAAAUUCAAUAGACUUAAUAUUGUGUUAAAUGUUUUAACCUUUCGAUAAAAAACAACGAAUUUUAAAAAUAUAUAAUAUAUUUGCUUAGUAUUUAACAUGUUAUAUGGAAUGUCACAAUAACAAAAUUCAGACUGUAAAGGAAAACCACACGUGUUUUAUGCAAAUUUGUAAGCAUACCACGUGUAGAACGAAUAACAGUACAUGAGUGAAUACAGGUUAUCAUGUUACUUUUUCAAAAGAAACUGGUAUAUAAGAAAUCAAGCGAUAAAACAAUUUGGAAAUUUUUAGAGGAAAAACCGAACAAGCAAAUCAUUUUAUAAGAAAUAAUUAUCAAUACAGAAUUUCGCUCUACUUUCGUCAUAUAAAUAGUUUAGGUUAUUACAUGACCUUUGACGUUUAUGAACAAUUUUUCAAUCAGAAAACUCAAGUGUAUUACAUAACUUUUUGUUUUUAACUAACUUUAUGUUGUGUAAGAACAGGUUAUUAAGAAAACAAGAAUUUCAGCUAUAUUUUCAGGUUUAAUUUCAGGCUCAUUAUACAAAUCAUAGACUGUUUAUUUUAUAUACAAUUAACUGACAAUGUUCAAGUACAAAAGAUUAUUAAAAACAGCUAUAGUUGGAAUAAUUGGUUUUCGUACAUUCGCAUCUCUAAGAGCUAAUGAAUAUGAUUUAGGAUCUAUAGGCAUUGUAAGACUUGGGCGUGCUGCAACUACUGUUUUUAUAAUAGGCAGGCAUUAUCAGAAUGAAUUAUAUGGAAGUAAAUUAGAUAAAGAUACUCCGGAAUAUCAGAAUUUAAAAUCAAGAGUACACAAAUAUGGAGCAGAGAAACUUUUAGAACUCUGCUGUGAAAAUAAAGGUGUUUAUAUAAAAGUGGGCCAACAUAUUGGGGCAUUGGAUUAUCUAUUACCAUCAGAAUAUGUUACCACUAUGCGGGUAUUGCAUAGUUCUGCACCACAAUCAUCUUUCAAAGACGUAUUAACUGUGAUUAAAGAAGAUUUUAAGAAAGAUCCAUACGAAAUAUUUGAAAGUAUUGACCCUAAACCUUUAGGAACCGCUAGUUUAGCACAAGUCCAUAAAGCUGUAUUAAAAAAUGGCAAUGUUGUUGCUGUUAAAAUACAACAUCGGUCUGUUAAAACAAAUUCUUAUGUAGACAUAAAGAGUAUGUCAGCUUUAGUAAAGAUAACAUCAUUAGUCUUUCCUGACUUUAAAUUUGAUUGGCUUGUUGAUGAAACUAAAAAGAAUAUUCCAAAAGAAUUAGAUUUCAUGCAAGAAGGAAAAAAUGCAGAGAAAGUUCAAAGUAUAUUUUCACAUUAUCAUUGGUUAAAAAUACCAAAAAUCUAUUGGGAUAUUUCAUCGCAUCGUGUUCUGACAAUGGAAUUUGUUGAGGGAGGUCAGGUCAAUGAUUUGAAAUACAUUCAAGACAAUAACUUAAAUCCAUACGAAGUCAGCAGUAAACUGGGUCGACUGUAUAGUCAUAUGAUAUUUAUUUCUGGUUUUGUGCAUUCUGAUCCUCAUCCUGGUAAUAUAUUACUUCGAAAGAAAAAUAAUGAAGCAGAAAUAAUUCUUUUGGAUCAUGGAUUGUAUGCAGAUCUUUCUAAUGAAUUUCGAUGGGAAUAUUCUAAAUUGUGGUUAGCAAUAUUUGAUAGCAACAGAAAUGCAAUGCAAGUGCAUUGUGCUAAAUUGGGUGUUCCAGAUUUGUAUGGGUUGCUGGCUUGUAUGGUAUCAGGUAGAUCUUGGAAGGCAAUUAUGACUGGCAUACAGAGAACUAAAUAUGAUAUUCAUGAAAAGCAAGAAUUCCAAAGUGAAAUACCAAAUUUGUUACCAGAAAUUAGCGAUGUACUUCAAAGAGUGAAUAGGCAAAUGUUAUUAAUUCUUAAAACAAAUGAUCUUGUACGCUGUAUUGAACAUUCCUUGCACACAGAAUCUAGAAUGUUUGGAAUGAUGGAAAUGUCGAAAUGUUGCAUACAAUCUGUUUAUGGAGAACAACUGAAAUCAUGCAAGAAUACAUGGAUAAAGUGGAAACUUUCUGUGGCAAAGCAAUGGUCGUUAUUUAAACUAUCAUUAUAUUAUUUAUAUUUAGGAGCACUAAAUUUUAAUAUAAAAGAAUCCAUAGAUUCAUUUAUGAAUAACAACUAUUACGCUUUUUAGCAAAGAUCUUAUUUUAGAACAAAUAUAUUUUCAUUUAAAUUAUACAUGCCAUUAUUUAAAUAAUAUAAUAAAAUGUGUUCAUGGAAUAUAUACAAAUUUUUUGUACUAAAUGUGCUCAAGAGUGAUACAUUUACCUAAAAAUGUACAAACAUAGUAAUACCAUCUUUGUUGGAUGUGUAAAUUUAUUGUACAAUAGUAAUAGUCAAAUUUUUAUGAUAUGCAUUAUGUAUGUAUAUAUACAUAAUAUAUUAUGUACAUAGCUAUGUUGCAUGUAAUUUGUCUAUAGUCAUUUAUUUAUUGAAAUAAUAAAGAUUAUAUGUAUUGUAUGGGUGUAGACUAAAUAAAUCAAUAUAUAUUUCGACACCUAUUAAAUUUAGCAAACAAAUUAUAUGCAAUUUAUGUAAUAAUGCAAUGUACAAAUUGUAUUUUUUUUUAUAUAGUUGUUAAAUAAAAUAAUUGUUUUUUAGUAUUUAAGGAUCAUAAUGACUAUAAGAAUGGAGUUAAAACAAAGGAAACACCGACGGAAAUAUCUUUUCUAAGAAUUCUGAAUGAAUAAGCUCGAAAUGCAUUAUCGUCAUUCGUGAGUCAUGCAGUUCAUUCCCGUUUUGUUAAGUCAUUAUAAAAUAAAACUAAAUAUAAAUGCCUCGUAAGCUUACAACAUAAUAUGACCUGUAAUAUUAAUAAAAUGAUGAGAAAUAAA